AUGACGGAGCUGGAGUCCGAGGUGCUGCCGCUGCCGCCCCGGUACCGCUUCCGCGAUCUGCUGCUGGGGGACCAGUCCUUCCAGAGCGACGACAGGGUGCAGGUCGAGUUCUACGUGAAUGAGAACACCUUCAAGGAGCGGCUGAAGCUCUUUUUCAUCAAAAACCAGCGAUCGAGCCUGAGGAUCCGGCUCUUCAACUUCUCCCUGAAGCUGCUGACGUGCCUGCUGUACAUCGUGCGCGUGCUGCUGGACAACCCCGAGGAGGGCAUCGGCUGCUGGGAAUGUGAGAAGCAGAAUUACACAGCCUUCAACCAGUCCACCAACAUCAACUGGUCCCACAUCUUUUGGGUGGACAGGAAAACCCCUCUGUGGGCCGUGCAGGUCAGCAUCGCCCUCAUCAGCUUCCUGGAGACCAUGCUGCUCACCUAUCUCAGCUACAAGGGGAACAUCUGGGAGCAGAUUUUUCGCAUUUCCUUCAUCCUGGAGAUGAUCAACACGGUGCCAUUCAUCAUCACGAUAUUCUGGCCUCCUUUGCGGAAUUUGUUCAUUCCUGUGUUUCUGAACUGCUGGCUGGCCAAGUACGCCCUGGAGAACAUGAUUAACGAUCUGCACCGGGCCAUCCAAAGGACACAGUCAGCAAUGUUCAACCAGGUGCUCAUCCUCAUCUGCACCCUCCUGUGUCUGGUUUUCACGGGGACCUGCGGCAUCCAGCACUUAGAAAGAGCAGGUGAGAAGCUCUCCCUCUUCAAGUCCUUCUAUUUCUGCAUCGUCACCUUUUCCACCGUGGGCUACGGAGACGUGACACCAAAGAUUUGGCCUUCCCAGCUGCUGGUGGUGAUCAUGAUCUGCGUGGCCCUGGUGGUGCUGCCUCUCCAGUUCGAGGAGCUGGUGUACCUGUGGAUGGAGCGGCAGAAGUCGGGGGGCAACUACAGCCGGCACCGCGCGCAGACCGAGAAGCACGUGGUGCUGUGCGUCAGCUCCCUCAAGAUCGACCUCCUCAUGGACUUCCUCAACGAGUUCUACGCCCACCCUCGGCUGCAGGAUUACUACGUGGUGAUCCUGUGCCCCACCGAGAUGGACAUCCAGGUGCGGCGCGUGCUGCAGAUCCCCCUGUGGUCCCAGAGGGUCAUCUACCUCCAGGGCUCUGCCCUCAAGGACCAGGACCUGAUGAGAGCCAAGAUGGACAAUGGAGAAGCUUGCUUCAUCCUCAGCAGCCGGAAUGAGGUGGACAGAACAGCAGCUGACCACCAGACCAUCCUGAGGGCCUGGGCUGUCAAAGACUUUGCUCCAAACUGUCCCCUCUACGUUCAGAUCUUAAAGCCAGAAAAUAAAUUCCAUGUGAAGUUUGCAGAUCACGUUGUGUGUGAGGAGGAGUGCAAAUACGCCAUGCUGGCACUCAACUGUGUCUGCCCUGCCACCUCCACCCUCAUCACGCUGCUGGUGCACACCUCCCGUGGCCAGGAGGGCCAGGAGUCUCCGGAGCAGUGGCAGCGGAUGUACGGGCGCUGCUCGGGCAAUGAGGUCUAUCACAUCCGCAUGGGGGACAGCAAGUUCUUCAUGGAGUACGAGGGCAAGAGCUUCACCUACGCCGCCUUCCACGCGCACAAGAAGUACGGUGUCUGCCUGAUCGGCAUCCGCAGGGAGGAGAACAAGAGCAUCCUGCUGAACCCCGGCCCCAGGCACAUCAUGGCAGCAUCAGACACCUGCUUCUACAUCAACAUCACCAAGGAGGAGAACUCUGCCUUCAUCUUCAAGCAGGAGGAGAAGCAGAAGAAGAAGGGCUUUGCGGGCAGGGGCAGCUAUGACGGCCCCUCCCGGCUGCCCGUGCACAGCAUCAUCGCCAGCAUGGGUACAGUGGCCAUGGACCUGCAGAACACCGAGUGCCGCCCCGCCAACAGCAGCAAGCUGGCCCUGCCCGCCGAGAACGGCUCGGGCACGCGCCGGCCCAGCAUCGCCCCGGUGCUGGAGCUGGCUGACACCUCCUCCCUGCUGCCCUGCGACCUCCUCAGCGACCAGUCCGAGGACGAGAUGACGCAGUCGGACGAGGAGGGCUCGGCAGUGCUGGAGUACGUGAAGGGCUACCCCCCAAACUCGCCCUACAUCGGGAGCUCCCCGACCCUGUGCCACCUCCUGCCCGAGAAAGCCCCGUUCUGCUGCCUGAGGCUGGACAAGGGCUGCAAACACAACAGCUUUGAGGACGCCAAGGCCUACGGGUUCAAGAACAAGCUGAUCAUCGUUUCCGCAGAGACAGCGGGGAACGGCCUCUACAACUUCAUCGUCCCGCUGCGCGCCUACUACCGCUCCCGCAAGGAGCUCAACCCCAUCGUGCUGCUGCUGGACAACAAGCCUGAGCACCACUUUCUGGAGGCCAUCUGCUGUUUCCCCAUGGUUUACUACAUGGAGGGCACCAUUGACAACCUGGACAGUUUGCUGCAGUGUGGCAUCAUCUACGCCGACAACUUGGUGGUGGUGGACAAGGAGAGCACCAUGAGCGCUGAGGAGGACUACAUGGCAGAUGCCAAGACCAUUGUCAACGUCCAGACCAUGUUCAGGCUCUUCCCCAGCCUCAGCAUUAUCACGGAGCUGACCCACCCCUCCAACAUGAGGUUCAUGCAGUUCAGAGCAAAGGACAGUUACUCUCUGGCCCUUUCCAAGCUAGAAAAGAGAGAGCGAGAGAACGGCUCCAACUUGGCCUUCAUGUUCCGGCUGCCCUUCGCCGCCGGGAGAGUCUUCAGCAUCAGCAUGCUGGACACGCUGCUCUACCAGUCGUUCGUGAAGGAUUACAUGAUCACCAUCACUCGGCUGCUGCUGGGCCUCGACACCACGCCGGGCUCCGGGUACCUCUGUGCGAUGAAGAUCACUGAGGAUGACCUGUGGAUCCGGACGUAUGGGCGCCUCUUCCAGAAGCUCUGCUCCUCCAGUGCCGAGAUCCCCAUCGGGAUCUACAGGACGGAGUCGCACAUGUUUGCCACCUCCGAGCCCCACGACAUCCGAGCGCAGUCACAGAUCUCAAUCAAUGUUGAGGACUGCGAGGACACCAAGGACGUCAAGGAGCACUGGGGCAUCAAGACGAGCCACCACCGCAACUCGUGCUCCAGCGACCAGUCCGAGCACCCUCUGCUGCGGCGCAAGAGCAUGCAGUGGGCGCGGCGGCUCAGCAGGAAGGGCAACAAGCACUCCAGCAAGACGGCCGAGUGGAUCAGCCAGCAGCGCCUCAGCCUGUACCGGCGCUCCGAGCGCCAGGAGCUCUCCGAGCUCGUCAAGAACCGUAUGAAGCACCUGGGCCUGCCCACCACCGGGUACGAUGAGAUGAACGACCACCAGAACACCUUGUCCUACGUCCUGAUCAAUCCCCCCCCGGACACGCGGCUGGAGCUCAAUGACAUCGUGUACCUGAUCCGCUCCGACCCUCUGGCCCACGUGGCCAACGACGGCCACAGCCGCAAGAGCAGCUGCAGCAACAAACUGGGCUCGGGCAACCCCGAGACGCGCGACGAGACCCAGCUGUGA